CAUAUAUCAAAAUACUAACACGAAAGAAGAAACAUUAAUUUUUAUUCUCCAAGUUUUGUUCCUUUCAUUAAUAUAGUUCUCCAUGGCUAGCUUAAGCUUAAUUCUUGGGAUAAUUGGAAAUGUGAUCGCUAUGCUUAUGUUUGCGUCUCCAAUAAAAACAUUCAAGCAGGUAGUGAAAAAGAAAUCAACAGAGGACUACGAUGGACUCCCUUACAUAACCACAUUAUUGAGCACAUGUUUAUGGACAUUUUACGGACUCCUUAAGACAGACGGUUUGCUUGUGGUCACCGUCAAUGGGGCCGGUGCUGCUCUGCACGUCAUCUACAUCAUCAUCUUCCUCAUCUACGCCCCCCAAAACAUCAAGAUUAAAUCGGUGAAAUUGGUAGCGGUAGUGAAUAUUGGAUUUCUUGGGGUUGUCGUAAUGAUAACCCUAUUAGCUUUGAAGGGAGAAAUUCGGAUCACACUGGUUGGACUAUUAUGCACUGGACUAACUAUUGGGAUGUAUGCUGCACCUCUCUCCGCCAUGAGGAGAGUGAUUGCGAUGAAAAGUGUAAAGUAUAUGCCAUUCUUCCUUUCCUUUUUCCAAUUUCUCAACGGAGGAGUUUGGUCGGCCUAUGCCCUAGUGGUUAAAGAUUACUAUAUUGGGGUACCAAAUGGGAUUGGAUUCAUAUUGGGGUCGAUCCAAUUAACAUUAUACAUGAUGUACAAAAAUAAGUCGAAGUCGGUAGAGUUGGAAGAGGGGGUUGAGAGCAUGAGAAAUGGGAGUUAUAAGCUACACAAAGGCAUUAGCCUACCGGAGGCAUCAAUCAUCCGUCAGUAUAGCCAGAAUAUUAUCAAAACACGUUCUUUGGCACCUUUUGAAUUGGAGAAAUUCCUUCAAGGAGACGUCGAAACGGACCAAACGGCUUUUAAUGAGGCUCCACACAAUUAAUAUUGGGGUUGAAUCCCACUUCAACUAAUACACAACCAUAUUACUACUAAUGACGAUAUUUUA